GUGUCAGAAUGGACAUCAAAUCAGAAUUCUCAAAGAGUCAUCUCCUUGAAGUAGGUUAUGAAUCAAGACCGCAGUCUGCAGAAGAGAAGAAGUGGGGAAAUGCUUGGAACUCAGCUCUUCGUGGCCUCUUGAGAAGCCCAAACUCUGGUUGAGCUGGAGUGUGGACUGCCUGUUUGCUGUUUCACGGGGAAGAGAAAAUAAAGAGGGAUUAAGCUCCGUGACCAUUAGUGCACUGCAGUCAGUAAGAGGAUUGCAUGGUCUUGGAAGCUUCGUUUCAAAGACUCACGAGUAAAGGGCAGAGGGAAUCCAGAAACUUCUCAGACCAGAAGCCCAUAGGUUGGGCUGCCAGAGUUUUGACAGCGACAAUACCUACGAGCUGCCUUCCUAGCAAAGAAUCCCAAGAAACUUACAAUCAUUUAUCUUUCAGCUUUGGGAUCGAAAUUUGCCGGCCCACGUUCUUUGGUCCGCUUCCCCGGUGGGGACAUCGAGACAAGCGGGAGUUCUGAUUUGUGCGAUGUCAGGAUAAAUCAGUGGAGCAGAAAACUCAGGCUACUUGCUGUAUGUUCUCUUCAGAGGAUUGCCCGGCUGGCUGACAGAACAAGAAGUUUGGCCAAACAUGGAUUGCUGCAAGAGAGUUCAGAGGAGCAGCUGGAUUUUCCCCACGACCAUCCUCUGUUUAUUUGGAUUUUUCUCCAUGAUGAGACCAUCCGAGCCAUUUCUCACUCCUUAUUUAACCGGGCCAGAUAAAAAUCUGACCCUCAGUGAGCUUACCAAUCACGUUUUCCCCGUGUGGACAUACUCCUAUCUGCUGCUGCUGCUCCCCGUGUUCGUCCUCACGGAUUACGUGCGCUAUAAGCCCGUCAUCGUUUUGCAGGGAAUCAGCUUCAUAAUCACCUGGCUGCUGCUCCUGUUGGCCCCAGGAGUCCUGGCCAUGCAAGCCGUGGAGUUUUUCUAUGGCGUGGUCACAGCCACAGAAGUGGCCUACUAUUCCUACAUUUAUAGCGUGGUCAGCUCGGACCAUUACCAGAAAGUGACUAGCUACUGUAGAACCGUCACUUUGGUUGCCUACACUACGGGUUCGGUGCUGGGACAGGUGUUGGUCUCCUUAGCGGGCGUCUCUUACUUUUACCUCAACGCCAUAAGCCUGGCCUCUGUAUCUGUGGCAUUUAUUCUUUCGUUGUUUCUACCGAUGCCCAGUAAAAGCAUGUUCUUCCAUCGAAAAUCCACCCCAGAGAUCUGCCAGGAGCUGCCAACGGUCAGCGACCUAGUAUCACGCGGCUCUGAUUCUGGCGGUCAGCCUCCGAGCCUACGGGAUAAAGUCACCUCUGGAUCACCCGCCCAGGACGGGAGUGGGCAAGAAGGGUGUGAGAACGACUCCCGGAGACGGGGCCCUGUGUUGAGAGUGUUUCUACAUUGGUGCCAAGAUAUAAAGGAAUGCUACUGCACGAAGCAUCUUUUUUUCUGGUCUUUGUGGUGGGCAGCAGCCACCGCGGGCUACAAUCAAGUGGUGAAUUACGUGCAGCUUUUGUGGGAUCACAAGGCACCGUCUCAAAACGCCGCCGUCUAUAACGGAGCAGUGGAAGCCAUUGCAACAUUUUGCAGUGCUUUGGCAGCCUUUGCAGUAGGAUAUGUGCAUGUCAACUGGGAUCUUUUGGGAGAGCUGGCCUUGGGAAUCUUCUCCGCAAUAAAUGCCGGUGCCCUAUUUCUCAUGCAUUUCACUAAAAACAUCUGGGAAUGCUAUGCUGGGUACUUGAUUUUCAAGUCAGGUUAUACCCUUCUGAUAACAAUAGCCGUGUUUCAGAUCGCGGUCAAUCUAAGCAUGGAACGCUACGCACUAGUGUUUGGAGUCAACACCUUUGCUGCCUUGGUGAUCCAGACUAUUAUAACGGUGAUUAUAGUUGACCCCAAAGGCCUGGGCCUUGAUAUUAACCUUCAGUUUCUAGUUUACGGCGGCUACUUUGCAGUCGUAGCUGGAAUUUUCUUAGGGAGAAGUAUUUACAUCAUCAUUUCAGCCAAAUGUGGAAAAGAAAGAUCGAUCCCUCUCACAGGCCAGAACUCACACGACCAAAUAUCAGGAGAACCGACAGCGCAAAUCCAAGCCGGCUUCACCGCUUAAUUAACACUAGCCUCCCAGUACCUACCGGGCAGCUCUCCGGGUUCGUCGGACUGAAAACGUACGGUGCUUCGCUCAGUUGUUAUUUCUAAUCUUCUCGGAUGACAAGGCUUAUAUGAUACUUUAACCAAAAUCCAGACGCUCUAGCACAGCUGCUCUAAGGAUCGAACUUGGUUGCCUUCAGAAAAUGGGGGAUUCAUCACUUCCGACUGUUGUUUGGCCUGGCAAGAAUGAUGGAGUUCAGUCAAACCCAGGAUUCUGCCUCUGACCGUGGAAACGGAGGAAUCUCUUAGACUUCCAUCCUCAUGGAAGCCUGACAUCCCUACCUUUCCCUCUAGGAAUCCUGCCUGGACCAUUCAUCUGUUAAACUACAUAACCUGGCCGACACCUGGCAUGGGCUGCACAGCAGCAGAGAAACAACACUGGGUAUCCGUCACCACCCUGCACUCCCCCAAAAUGGAUGGGAUUCCAUCACUGGUAGAAACUUCUUUGAACAUCAAGGAGCGCUGUAUAUUUUAAGAUCAUCCUCCAAAAGUAUUCAUUUAAGCAUUCACGGUGGAAGACUUCUUGAAACGUCUCUUCUGUGAAACUUCACUUUUCAAUGGCAUAACUUGGAGCUACGUAGUAUCGUAUGAUGAAUGAUAAAAAGUCAGUAUUUGGAAGAGUGAAUGAUCUUUUAAUAAAAGGAGAAAGUAUUAACUGA